AUGGCAGCCGAUGUCAACACUUGUGGCCUCUGCUGUUCCUGGGCUCGGCUUACAGGCUGCAAGUACAACCAAGUGAACAGCCACUUCCACUGCAUCCGGGAGGGCUGCCAGUUCUCCUUCCUGCUCAAGCACCAGAUGACGUCCCACGCCCGGAAGCACAUGCGGAGGAUGCUGGGGAAGAACUUCGAUCGCGCGCCCCCCUCCCAGGGCCCCCCGAGCCUGCUGGACACCGAGACAGACGAGUACAUGGACUACACGGGCUGCAGCCCGGGCGCCGUGUCCUCUGAGUCGUCCACCAUGGACCGCAGCUGCUCCAGCACCCCUGUGGGCAACGAGAGCACCGCAGCAGGCAACACCAUCUCCAUGCCCACGGCCUCCGGCGCCAAGAAGCGCUUCUGGAUCAUCGAGGACAUGUCGCCCUUCGGCAAGCGGCGGAAGACGGCGUCGUCCCGCAAGAUGCUGGACGAGGGCAUGAUGCUGGACGGCUUCCGGCGCUUCGACCUCUACGAGGACUGCAAGGACGCGGCCUGCCAGUUCUCGCUCAAGGUCACCCACUACCACUGCACGCGCGAGAACUGCGGCUACAAGUUCUGCGGGCGCACGCACAUGUACAAGCACGCGCAGCACCACGACCGCGUGGACAACCUGGUGCUGGACGACUUCAAGCGCUUCAAGGCCUCGCUCAGCUGCCACUUCGCCGACUGCCCCUUCUCGGGCACCAGCACGCACUUCCACUGCCUGCGCUGCCGCUUCCGCUGCACCGACAGCACCAAGGUCACGGCGCACCGCAAGCACCACGGCAAGCAGGACGUGAUCAGCGCCGCGGGCUUCUGCCAGUUCAGCUCGAGCGCCGACUGCGCCGUGCCCGACUGCAAGUACAAGCUCAAGUGCUCGCACUUCCACUGCACGCACCCCGGCUGCCGCCACACGGUGGUGGGCAUGUCGCAGAUGGACUCGCACAAGCGCAAGCACGAGAAGCAGGAGCGCGGGGGCCCCGACGGCGCGGGCGGCCCCGACGGCGCGGGCGGCCUGGACGGCGGGGGCGCGCUGCUGCUGCUGCAGACGGCGGCCGCGGGGCUGGGCCUGGCGCUGGGCGACUCGUCGCAGGACGAGGAGGAGGAGCUGGAGCUGCACGAGGAGGAGGCGGACGAGGACGACGACGACGACGACGACGAGGACGACGACGACGAGGACGACGAGGACGACGAGGACGAGCUGCAGACCGACUCCGAGGAGUCGCUGCCCGACGCGGCGGCGCGGAGCCCCGAGCGCGGACCUGCCCGGACUGGGAACGGCGCGUACCCGGAUCCGAUCCGGAUGCUGGCUCGGCUCCUGUCUGGAGCUCGCCCGGAGCGCGCAGGGGCAGAGUCAGAGGGGGCCGAUUCCUGGGUGCCUCGGUGCUACCAGCAGCUGCAGCUGUCCCAGCAGCCCUGCGCCCGGUCCACCUGCACCAACCCCACAGGGGAGCCCCUUCCCUGCAUGGCCAGCUCAUGUGCCCGGGCCACCUGA